CAAAAGUUAUCAGUCUUUUACUGUUAAUGAUCUAUGUUUAUGAUCAGGGUCCGUCUCCUUACUAGACAUUAUUUGAUAUUGUGUUGAGAUGAGCAAAGUCUGUCUCUGGAUAGGAGAUACUAGGCCUACCUCUGACAAUUUCUCUGCUGGGAUUUCGCAGACAAACUAUAAUGGAAGAGCACAAGAGGACUUUCACAGAUGUCAAAAAUGUCAUUCUUUCUGCACACGAAAACAGUGGCACAAGGGAUAAAGUGUGUUUCUACGAUAAGUGGGCAGAGCAAUAUGAAGAGGAUGUAGCUCUCCUGGACUACCGCGCUCCAAGUUUAGCCACAGAAUGCAUUGCGUCUCACGUUCAAGGUGACAGGAGCUGUGCAAAGGUUUUGGAUGUGGCCUGUGGAACAGGCUUGGUCAGUAUGAAGCUGAAAGAGAAAGGUUUUCAGCAUUUCAGUGGAGUGGAUGGUAGUGAAGCCAUGUUGGAUUUGUCCAGGAAGACAGGACUGUAUCAGGAGCUGUGGAAGUGUCUGCUUGGGCUAGAACCACUUCCUGUACAAGCUGAGGCAUAUGACGUUGUUGUAAUUGUGGGGGCGCUGAGUGUCGGACAGGUACCUGUGCCGGUCAUUGAAGAGCUGUGGAAGGCCACAAAACCAGGGGGACACAUCUGCAUGACCACAAGGGCCAACCCUGACAACCUGCAGUACAAAGCUGAGCUGGAGCUUGCGCUGGACAGCAUGGUCAGGGAGGGCCAGCUGGUCCGAGUUGCCGUCAGUGAGGUAGAGGAAUGGGAGAAAGCUGUGCAGGAGCAGGAGACUGGGUAUAUAUCUGGGGCUGUGUAUCUGUACAGAAAGGCCAUGGCCCUGCAGAAGUAAUGGCAUGUAUGCACAUGACAUGUCAAACCAAAAUACUUUUUGGACCUUUGAUUUGGGUUUGGAUGUGAAUAAUUUGACAGUUAACAGAAAGCCAAAAAAGGUUGUCUCAGAAACAAUGAUAAGGUAUUGUAACAUCAAAUGAUUUUCGAGAUAUGGUAUGGUACACAUAUUAGGUGUGUAAAGUAUGAAAUGAUUAUGGUUUGUUUCAGUAAUGUUUCAUAUUGAAGUGGAUCAAGUCAACAUCUGUACACAGUUCUACCACAAGAUGGAAGCAGUGAGUUGACAAGUUAAUACACGUAUAACCUGUGUAUUCAACACAACCUUGUUCUGGCAUUCGAUGAUAUAAAUGAGUAUUUGUACAGUAUUGUAGAAUUUUUAAAAGAAAGAUCAAAUUCCAUUUUGUUAUUUUAAUAAUUUGUGUCCGGCUAUUGAGAGGUGAACCUGAUACCUUAAUUAUUCGGUAUUUACACCAAAGUCAGUAACCAUUUACUCAGGAAAGUCAAUGUGACCUGUCCAAGGUGCUAUAUUUCUAGGCAAAAUCCAUUGAUAUUGACAUAUUGUGGCGAUCUGUUCCUUCAGUAAUAAUGGUAGCAGAAGGGUCAUCACAUCAGGUUCUAUAGCUGAAGCUCCAAAACAUGGCAAGGGGGAGGGAGCUUGUGUUCAUGCAGGUGUGUUGAUAUAGGGUAACAUUAGAAAAAGACAAUACAAAACCUGUGGUGACCAAACAAAAAACACGAAGGCAACAUCAACAGCUGCAACAUAGUUUAAUGUGAUUUUGAAUUUAGUUGGUGGAGAAUGACUGCCUUCUGUUUUCCUUUUGUUUGUUUUUUUGGGAAUCAUUUGUGUGUUUUGAACCUGACACUUCAGUCUUUUAGUACUUCCUACUCUCUGCCUGCUGCUGUUUCAUUCUGACAUUUAGAAUUGAUUUCAACUUAUUUAAAUAAUAAUAAUAGAAAAGCUGAU